CUCUGUGGCGUUCAACAAGUUGAGCGCAGACUUGCCAGACUUCCUGUCCGAGCUCACAGCGCUCACAGACAUAGAUCAAUGGGCUUCAACGAACUCACGGGUUCCAUUCCCACCAGCUUUGGCACUCUCUCACACCUGCAGCAAAUGGAGCUGAGCUACAACCAGCUCAGCGGCACAGUGCCAGUCUCCUUGGCCAACCUCCACAACCUCACAGAGCUGGGAGUUGUUGUUGGCCCCUUCCUCAUUUGGGCGGAGCCGACUUCGUGGUCGGGUGUGAGGAGUGCAGCCGACCUGGAGCAGUGGGGGAGCUGGUCGACGGGUCUGGUCGACCUGCACGAGGGCCACUGCAAGGGCGCCGACCUUGGGAGGGCGCCAACUUCGGCCGGUCGACUUGGGAGGUCGACCAGUGGAGGGCGUCGACUUGGGGACGCCGACCAGGGGAAGCCGACUUGGUGUGGUCGGCUGCCAGGUGUGCUGGUCGACCUGGAGUUGGUCGACCAGGUGGGUGUCGACCUGGAGCUGGUCGACCAAGUGUGUGGUCGACCUGGUGUGGUCGACUGA